AUGCAUUCAGGAAAACCUCCAAUUGAUAUUAUACGUAUUGAUAAACGUUUAUUAACAAAUGAACAUCUUACAAUAAAAACAAAACAUAUUAAACUUGAACCAAUUUCAUCAUUUUCUAUUGAUAAAAAUUUAAAUGAUAUACAAAAAAUUUUUAAAAAUUCAAUAUCAUCUAUACCACCAACAUCAAUUUCUUAUUUACCUGAUGAUUAUAUACCAACACCACCACAACCACCAAAAUAUUCAUCUAUUAAUCUUAAACCAAAAACACCAACAAUUAUUUUAGAAACAUAUAAUGAAAUAAUGUCACCACAAUUACAACAUUAUUGUUUAUCACAACCAAUAUGUAUUUUACGUGGUUUAGCUAAUGUACUUAAACUUGAUUUAGGUUUAUUUUCAACAAAAUCACUUGUUGAAACUCAACCUGAUCAUCAAAUUGAAGUACGUACACAACGACAACAAGCAAGUGAUGAAAAUUUUGAUUUUACAUCAUUAAUAUUACCAUUAAAAAAUAUUUGGAAAUGUGAAUCAAGUCGUUCAUAUACAACAAUAUCGAAAUAUGCACAAUAUCAAGCAUGUUCAUAUCAUGAUAUGAUGAAAGAUAAUUCUAAUGAAUCAUUAUUAUCAUCAACAAAUAAUUUAACUAAUGCAUCAUGUAUACGUACAAUUAAAUUUGGUACUAAUGUUGAUUUAUCAGAUGAAAAAAAAUGGCCAAUGCAAUUAAAUGAAUUAAAAAAAUUACCAUUAUUUUUACGUGUUCAAUCAGCUGGAAAUCUUUUAUCUCAUAUUGGUUAUACAAUAUUAGGUAUGAAUAGUGUACAAUUAUAUAUGAAAGUACCUGGUUCAAGAACACCAGGACAUCAAGAAAAUAAUAAUUUGUGUGCUAUUAAUAUGAAUAUUGGUCCUGGAGAUUGUGAAUGGUUUGGUGUUGAUAAUCAAUAUUGGGGUGUUAUACAUACAUUAUGUGAAAAAAAUGGUGUUGAUUUUUUAACUGGUUCAUGGUGGCCUAUAUUAGAUGAUUUAUAUAAUGCACAUGUACCGGUUUAUCGUUUUAUACAGAAACCUGGAGAUCUUGUUUUUGUUAGUACAGGAUGUGUUCAUUGGGUACAAGCAAUUGGUUGGUGUAAUAAUAUAGCUUGGAAUGUUGGUCCAUUAACAUAUACACAAUAUUAUGCAGCUAUUGAACGUUAUGAAUGGAAUAAAUUAAAUUCAUGUAAAUCAAUUGUACCAAUGGUACAUUUAACAUGGAAUAUAGCACGAAAUAUUCGUGUUAGUGAUCGACAAUUAUAUGAAUUAAUUAAAUUUAUUUUAUCAAAAUCAUUAAAAUAUAUUCAAUCAAUAUUAAAAUAUUUAGAAGAACAAUUUAGUUCAAAUAUUAUUAUACGAAAACAAUUACGUACAAUAAAUGAACCAGUACAUUAUUGUAUAACAUGUGAUUGUGAAGUAUUUAAUAUAUUAUUUGUAAAAGAAAUUGAUCGUAAACAUGUUGUACGUUGUUUGGAUUGUGCUUUACAAUAUGAUAAACAAUUAGAAAAUGUUGUAGUUUUAUAUCAAUUUAUAUUAGAUGAUCUUUUAACAAUUUAUGAUCAAUUUCAAUUAUGUUAUAUAUCAAAUAUGAAAUAA